GUGGAGUAAGCAAACUUGCCUAAGGUUUCGCCCCGACCAGGAAUCAAACCCUCUCGUUUGUGAAGUGAGCGCUCUAAUAUAAUAACACGAGGCAGUGCUGUACACUGUGCGCCUGAGGGGGGAAUACAGGGACAUUGAGAGAGAGAUGCGAUGGGCUAUGUUAUGUUAUCGCUGUCUGGUUCUACUCACCGGAUUGCCAGGAUUUAGCUCCCAGGAGCAGGUUUGAGUGAGCACAAGGUCGCUUUACAACAUGCCUUUGGUCGUCUCUCCUCCCCAAACCCCCCAACCCACAGAGGAUUCGCUAGAAUGCGCAAAUGAACCUGUGUGAAGCGAAAACCCAGCCCAGUUUGUGCACAAGCCACAGACCAGCACAGGUUCAUCUUGAGAGAGUCAGCAAGGAAUGCCCCAGACAUCAGCACAGACAGGGCACGGAGGACUGAACCAGUUGGGAGGGAUGUUUGUGAACGGGCGGCCACUGCCUGACGUGGUGAGACAGCGCAUUGUGGACCUGGCGCAUCAGGGCGUCCGUCCCUGUGACAUCUCCCGCCAACUGCGGGUCAGCCACGGCUGUGUCAGCAAGAUCCUGGGCAGGUACUAUGAGACGGGCAGUAUUCGGCCGGGGGUGAUCGGAGGCUCCAAGCCCAAGGUGGCCACCCCCAAGGUGGUGGAGAACAUCGCUGAGUACAAGCGACAGAACCCCACCAUGUUCGCCUGGGAGAUCCGUGACCGGCUGUUGGCGGAGGGCGUGUGUGACAGCGACACUGUGCCCAGUGUCAGCUCCAUCAACAGGAUUAUAAGGACAAAAGUACAGCAGCCGUUUCACCUGCCCCUCGAGGAACAUUUAAGCACGAGACUGAGCCCAGUGCACACCCUGGUCCCCAACUCCACGGUGACGCCACCCGAGUCCCCGCCCGCCACGGACUCUCAGGCCCCGGCCUACUCCAUCAACGGCCUCCUCGGCCUCGUCCAGCCCGGCAGCCACAGCAAGAGGAAACUGGCCGAGAGUGAGGAUGACGGCUGCCCGCUGACGGGGGGCACACAGCCCGCACCUGCUGGGGGGGGCUCUCGCAAGCGGCUCCGCGGGGACACCUUCUCCCGCCAGCUGGAGGUGCUGGACUGUGCCUUCGAGCGCCAGCCUUACCCUGACGUCUUCUCCCCCCCGCCUGGGCACAGCAAGGCAGAGCAGUCGCCUCUGUACCCUGCCCCUGCGCUGACUAACGGACUGGAGGAAGGGAAGUCGGGUCUGGCCUCCAGCUCAGCCCUUCCACGAAAUAUCUGCAACUCACAGACCUACAGCGUGGUGACAGGGCGUGAGAUGGUAAGGUCUACAUUGCCAGGAUAUCCUCCUCACGUCCCUGGCAAUGGGCAAGGCAGUUACAACACCUCAACCAUCACUGGCAUGGUCUCCGGGAGCGAGUUCUCCGCCAGUCCCUACACACACUACACGUCCUACACCGAUUCCUGGAGAUUCCCCAGCCCCGGAUUAAUCAGUUCUCCCUAUUACUACAGCUCAGGCUCCCGGCCCAGCGGCCCCGCAGCGGCCUCCGCUCCCUACGACCACCUCUAGUC